UCUGAAACACAUUUUAAAGCAAGCGGUCAAUGGCACGACGCUGACAUAAAUAUGGCAGAUCUGUACGCUUUCAGGUGAUCCCUUUACGUCUCUUGGAUAGGUAAAAGUGUUUGCUUCAGUGAAAGAAGAUAGCGGAAGAUGGCGGCGAAGAGAGCCGAUUUUCAGCCGCUGUCCAGCUCUGGCGUGCCGGAGAGGAAAGGAAAGGCGCUCCAGAAUCAGACGGAGUGGUGUGGUCUUUCUGCCCACCAGGACCCGGAGAAAGAUCGAGCGCCAACUGUUGCGGGGAUCUGCGGCGCCGGCAUACAACAUCAUGCUGUCGGUGCUUUCGGAGGCGCGGGUCCAGUGGACGAGUCAUCCGACAGCGAAGGAGAACAAGAGGGGCAACAUAAACUCAUCAGAAAAGUGUCCACCUCUGGCCAGAUCAGGACCAAGACGAGUGUGAAGGAGGGACUACUGCUAAAACAGACCAGCUCCUUCCAGCGAUGGAAAAGACGCUACUUCAAACUGAGGGGCAGAACACUUUACUAUGCCAAGGAUGCCAAGUCACUCAUUUUUGACGAAGUGGACCUAUCAGAUGCGAGUGUCGCUGAGUCAAGCACGAAGAACGUCAAUAACAGUUUCACUGUUAUCACCCCAUUCCGAAGACUCAUCCUUUGUGCGGAGAAUAGAAAAGAGAUGGAGGACUGGAUCAGUUCUUUAAAGUCCGUCCAGUCCAGAGAGCAUUAUGAGACGGCACAGUUUAAUGUGGAACAUUUCUCAGGGAUGCACAACUGGUAUGCCUGCUCCCACGCCCGCCCCACCUUCUGCAACGUCUGCAGAGACAGUCUCUCUGGGGUCACUUCCCAUGGCCUCUCCUGCGAAGUGUGCAAGUUCAAAGCCCAUAAAAGAUGUGCAGUCAGGGCCACAAACAAUUGCAAAUGGACGACCCUGGCAUCAAUUGGGAAAGACAUCAUUGAGGAUGAGGAUGGGAUCGCCAUGCCCCAUCAGUGGCUGGAGGGGAACCUGCCGGUCAGCGCCAAAUGCGCCGUCUGCGACAAGACCUGCGGCAGCGUGCUGCGGUUGCAGGACUGGCGCUGCCUGUGGUGCAAGGCCAUGGUACACACAGCCUGCAUGGACCUGUACCCCCGAAAAUGUCCGCUGGGCCAGUGCAAGGUGUCCAUCAUCCCACCGACUGCCCUCAACAGCAUUGACUCAGAUGGUUUCUGGAAGGCCACAUGCCCACCCUCUUGUGCCAGCCCGCUCCUGGUCUUCGUCAACUCCAAAAGCGGGGACAACCAGGGGGUGAAGUUCCUGCGUCGCUUUAAGCAGCUACUCAACCCUGCGCAGGUGUUCGACUUGAUAAACGGUGGACCUCAUUUAGGACUGCGCUUGUUCCAUAAGUUUGACAACUUCAGAAUCCUGGUGUGUGGAGGAGAUGGAAGCGUAGGAUGGGUUUUAUCUGAAAUCGACAAGCUGAACCUUCACAAACAGUGCCAGCUGGGGGUGCUGCCCCUGGGCACGGGUAAUGACCUGGCACGGGUGCUGGGCUGGGGGCCAUCCUGCGAUGAUGACACACUGCUGCCACAAAUCCUGGAGAAGCUGGAGCGGGCCAGCACCAAGAUGCUGGACAGGUGGAGCAUUAUGACGUAUGAGAUUAAAAUACCUCCCAAGCACAGCUGUCCCAGCACACCUGAGGAGUCAGAGGAUUGCCAGUUUCCGAUCUCGAGCUAUGAGGAUUCGGUCGCCACCCACCUCACCAAGAUCCUCAACUCCGACCAGCACUCUGUGGUCAUUUCUUCCGCAAAGGUCCUCUGUGAGACGGUGAAGGACUUUGUUGCCAAAGUGGGGAAAUCCUACGAGAAAUCUACUGAUAAUGCUGACGGAGCUGAGGUCAUGUCUCUGAAGUGUGCCGUCCUCAACGAGAAGCUGGAUUCCCUCCUCCAGACCCUCAACACGGAGGCCCAGGCCAUGAUCCACCCACCUCACACCACUCCACCGAUCGUGGAAGAGGAGCUGGAGGAGGACGAGGAGGAGGACGAGCUGAGCGAGGAGAUGAGCGAGGAGUCGCUGUCGGAGCUGAAGGAGAAGCUGGAGGAGACGCAGACGGAGAAAUGCUUCAGGCCAAGGGAGCAGCUGAUGUUGCGUGCCAACAGCCUAAAGAGAGCUGUGCGCCAGAUCAUCGAGCAGGCUGAGAAAGUGGUGGAUGAACAGAACGCUCACACGGAGGAGCAGCAGGGCCUGCAGUCACCGACGGAGCUUAAGGAGAAUGAGAGCGAGGAUGACAACAAGGACAAUGAGAAGGAUGAAGACACUAAGCAGCUGGAGUCACCUUCUUCUGCGCUGACGCCAUGUUCCCCUCCUGAGAGCCGAAUGAGCCGCAGCAGCCAAUCCUGCGGCUCCUUUUCCAUCCCCUUCAGCACCAGCAAGGAGAACCUGCCUGUGCUCAACACACGGAUCAUCUGCCCUGGUUUAAGGGCAGGCCUAGCUGCAUCCAUAGCUGGGAGCUCCAUCAUCAGUAAGAUGUUAUUGGCCAACAUUGAUCCUUUUGGAGCAACGCCCUUUAUCGACCCUGACUUGGACUCACUGGAGGGGUAUUUGGAAAAAUGUGUCAUGAACAACUAUUUUGGGAUCGGACUGGAUGCCAAGAUCUCCCUGGAGUUCAACAACAAACGAGAGGAGCACCCAGAAAAGUGCAGGAGUCGCACAAAGAACCUGAUGUGGUAUGGUGUUCUGGGGACCAAGGAGCUGCUACAGAGGACCUAUAAGAACCUGGAGCAGAAGGUUCAGCUGGAGUGUGAUGGACAGUACAUCCCUCUCCCCAGUCUGCAGGGAAUUGCAGUUUUGAAUAUUCCUAGCUAUGCCGGUGGGACAAACUUCUGGGGUGGAACUAAAGAAGAUGAUAUCUUUUGUGCCCCAUCAUUUGAUGAUAAGAUCCUGGAGGUGGUGGCUGUAUUUGGGAGCAUGCAGAUGGCCGUAUCUCGGGUCAUCAAACUCCAGCACCACCGGAUCGCCCAGUGUCGCUCUGUGAGGAUCACCAUCCUGGGAGAGGAGGGGGUCCCUAUCCAGGUGGAUGGAGAGGCCUGGAUCCAGCCCCCAGGGGUCAUUAAGAUUCAGCAUAAGAACAGGGCACAGAUGCUGACUCGAGACAGGGCAUUUGAGAACACACUUAAGUCCUGGGAGGACAAGCUGAAGUACGACAAGCACCCACUGCGGCCACACCUGUACCCCCAGCAGUCUGUAGACCUGGCAUCCGAGGAGGAGGCAGCUCUCGUCCAGCUGUGCGCCCGUGCUGCAGAGGAGCUCAUCACCAGGAUUUGCGACGCGGCCAAGGUCCACGGCAUCCUCGAGCAGGAACUGGCUCAUGCGGUUAACGCUAGUUCUCACGCUAUCAACAAGACACACCCCAAGUUCCCAGAAAGUCUGGCCAGGAACACUGCCAUCGAAGUGGCCAGCACUGUGAAAGCCCUUCACAAUGAAACUGAGUCACUGCUGGUGGGAAGGGUCUCUCUGCAACUGGAGCCUCCCCAUGAGGAGCUGCUGUCCAGCACCUUGCAUAAUGUUGAGCUGGAGCUGGGAAAACUGUGGGAGAUCCCCUGGCUCCACCACAUUCUGGAGCCUGAUCAGGAGCAGGACCACGCCCUGGAGUACAGCAAGAGGAACAGCCGGAGCACCGUGUUCCGCAUUGUGCCAAAAUUCAUGAAGGAAAAACCACCCAAAAAGUGCAGCCAGCAGUCAGUUCAGAGGUGGGGCACUGAGGAAGUGGCCGUCUGGCUGGAGCAGCUCGGCCUCGGGGAGUACAAAGGCACCUUCAUCCGCCACGAUGUCCGCGGCUCCGAGCUCCUGCACCUGGAGAGGAGGGACCUGAAGGAUCUGGGGAUAUCGAAAGUGGGUCAUGUGAAGAGAAUUCUGCAGGGGACUAAGGACCUGGCCAAGAAUGCCUUUGUUGACCUGUGACCCGGAAGGACACGAGUAAGGGCGGGUCACCCUACGACCCUCGCCCAAGAGUUGAUGGAGGGAGAAGGAUGAUGGAACGUUUCCCACCAUUUUGUUGCCAAAAAGAGAAUAGGAAUGGGUUGUUUCAAAUGGUACUGGUGCCAAAGAAUGCAAGAACAGGAUGGGAAAUUUCAAUAAGGCUUUGAUUUUCACAAAAAAAAAGGCAUUAUCACAGUCUCCAUACAGUGAAUGGCAGAAUUACAACAGUACCUCAUCAUUAACCGGCUGCCUCUUCUCUCACAAAAAAAUAAUAAUCAAUAAUAAUGCACAGCAGCAACUUCUCACAAACCUAUACUCUGGGUUUUAUAUAUGACUUCACAAUUGCCAUUUGCCACACUACUUUCCAAAAGAUGAAUUGGCAUUUGGGAAGGUGGGUGAAGUGCAAGAAACAUCUUGCUUUUGAAAAACACCAUUUUACAUUACACAGAGGCAGGGAGAGAGGAUGAAAGAAAUGCAUUGUGGUCUAGCUUCAGUGAACUUCACUGGUUUCAUGGUAGACCGAGAAAGGGAAAAAACAUUUUUAAACAGUGACAUAGAUAACUGUGCAUGCUGUGCCUGUUUGACAUGGGUAUAUGUUUUAUUGCAUGAUGCCUGAUUUAGAUUUUUUUUUUUAAUAUACAAGAACACAUGAGCAAGUUUUAUAUCAAUGCUGGCUGUUGCCACUGAAGUAGCCCCGUCCUCCUUAGCCUUUUAAAUAUUGAAAUAUUUGCAUUAUUCUUCAGUGUCAAUAAGCUGUGUCCUUUAGCCGUUACGUGCCAUAAUUUAAUUUAUUUCACGUGUGGUAAUAUGAUGCUUUUUAACUAUGGUGGGGGCAAUGCAUGGUAUAUUUAUGUAUGUUACAGUUUGCUAACUCACACACUUGAACCCGUGCAGUGCACCAGAAAAUUGAUAUUAGUGAGUGUUGUUUGAUAAAGGUGCAAUAUAAUGUUAUUUCAAUUCAGUUAUUUGACUAUAUAGCUUUAUAUUUGGAUGUUUUUCUGUGGAAAACAUAAUGGGUGGGUGGGUGUUUUGGGGGUUGUUAAGUUAAGUGGACCUUAAAGGAUAAUAUCUGUAAAAUUAAAUGUUUUCAUUGUUCCAAAUGCUUCCAAUAGCUCACUGUUGAUCCAGUGAUCCAGCUUCCUAGAUUGUGUGCUAAACAUGACAACAGUGACUAUAUUUCCUAGUACAGACAGCAAAAUAGUCCAGUUGUGCUCCUAUCAGAUGCAAUAGGUGAAAUGUUUUUUAAAAAUACUUUUUGCAAAUAAUCAAACUGUUUUUAUGCACUUUGUAGUUUGUUUAGAUAUUGAAAAGUUCAGCCACUGUUCACAAGUGUUUCAUUGUUGUUAUCCACCAGAAGGUGCUAAUGAGACAAGAAAAGAAAGGAAUAGAAAGAUCACCUUUCCAUAAACGUAUGUUUAUAUGAGGCUCUGCAUAUGAAUAUGCAGACAAUGUUACAUGUGAUCCAGAAGAAGUUUGAUGAGUUUUAUUGAAUAACUUUAUUAUGCUCCUUUUUACUUUUCUGAGUGCAAAACAAGAAGGGUGAAAUAAACUGAAUUGAUUGAAAAGGCCAUCACCUUUACCCAUCAAUGUAUUACAAUCUUAUUUUCUGUACAAAACAUUUUCUGAAUUUGGGAGCCGAAGUAAGUAUCAUGUGAUUUGAGAAAAAGGCUGUACAUACAGAAGCUAGUAUAACUAAUUGCUGGCAGCUCAAUAUAGGAGGCAUGCACUGAAAUGUCUUUCUGAAUGCACUACAGCAAGUACAUAUUGUGUACUUCAACAGUAACCAAAAGGUGCAUUCAAAAGCUUUUAAAAAAUAUUUGAAAAAAUAUAUUUACAAUGAAAGUCUUUCCCAUUUUGUUAUUAUUACAAUGUAAAACUUACAUGAGUAAUAAUGGGAAAGAGGAAAUGUGUUUUGAGGCAAUAGUUGCACAGCUACAAUCAAUUAUUUAGUCAGUAUCAGACUUGGGGCGAAAAUUGGUCUCAAUUUUUAUUACUCAGAAUCUCAGGAUUUUGUCCCUUUUAGUUUAUUACUUUUGGGAUAGAGUACUUUUUUGGGUGUCAAAAUACACGUGUAUAGACUGUUUCAGACUGAUUAAUGUUACUAACUUUUUGGGUUAUGUUUUCAUGUUAUUUUAUUACAAGACAAAUCCUCCUGUUUUGGCUGCUCAAGAGUGCAGAUCUGUUCCAGUGCUUUAACACAUGAAUCAUUUUCAUGCUGUUGUAUUUUUACCCAACCCACUGUCUUGAUUUUUGUAUAGGUCCUGUCCCACUGAGUGCUGUGUAAUGUCGAGAACUGAUGGAUGUGUAAAUGUGGGUGCAAGCUUGUCUGAGAGUGUAAAAAGGAUAGGGUGCCGCAUUUAAGACACGUCAAUAGAUUAUUUUAAGAAGUGCGACCAAUCCAAACUAUCCAUCAGCAGAUGUGGACAUAUUUUCAAAGAUGCGGCAAGCCAGGCCUUUGAAGCAUUCUAUGUUUCAAAUGUCCAGUUCUGUCUGAAAUGAAUAACGUGGACAUAUUCAUGAGGGAGAAAAGUAUUACAUUGCCAAUCAGAUCAAAGGCGAGCUUCCUCUGAAUCCCCUCCUCUGGCUGCCUUUCGUAUGCAGAAGGGCUCUGUUCCAUAAUAUGUUGCCCACCUCAUCUGACUGUGAAAUUAGAAGGCAAUAACCCAGUGAAAUUAAACUUCAUGGCCCUCUCAAGCUGUCACAACUCAUUACCAGUGAUAGCAACCCCAACUGUCAUAUGUCAACUUUGCUUGAUCUACAUGGAUGGGGAGAGAAAAAAGCUUACAAAAUGAAUUUUCGAUCCCUUAGCACAAAAUUGCUCUGCUGGGGUUCAUUUCAAGAUUCAUAACCAAAGAUUAAUACAUUGACUCAGAGUCACUCAUUCCUUCAGCUUCAGCUGAAAACAAGGACAGUCAAAAUGUCAUCAAUGUAGAUGAGGCUUUAAAAGUACGAUAGAGCACAGGGAAGAAGAAUGUCAAACUUUAGAAUAACAUGUGCUUUCUUUAGUGUUUGAGCUAAUAUCAUCAUUAACUUGGGGCAGAACUGUUAAAAGGUAAUGGAAAACCUCAACAAAUGUUCAACAAUAAUCUGACCUGAAAAAUAUUCCAGUCAUUGUUGAGCUUUAAAAAUAUAUAUAUUUGAGAUGUUUAACAAUAAAUUGUUUUAUUACUGUUUUAUUAUUGUUUUGUCUUGUCAGUAAUUAUUCAGUUCCCAACAUUAUACAGUGCCUUUAAUGAGCAAGGCAUGAUCCAAUCUGAUUUAGCCAUGGUCAUGUGAAUGGUCACUGCCUUAGAAUGAGUUAUGAUAGGUGUUUAUUGAUUUGCUAAUAUGUAUUGCACUGGAUAUUUCUUUUUAUGGGAAUUCUUCUCAUACAUACCAUUUAUGUGAAUGUGCUAUACAAUACUAUAUUAUAGGCAGUAUGACAUUUAGGAUUGGAAUGGUGUGUGUGUGUGAGUGUGUCUGUUUGUACAUAUGUCUGCAUGUCCUCACCUGUUACAUCUUUAGUGCAUCUUAAAUCUAAAUAUACAAUUUGCUUAUCACAUUUUUAGUGCUGUCUCCUACUCUUUCUCUUGCUAAUGAGAGCCACCCAUUAAUACUGGCUGCAAAUGUCCCGUGGGUAGCUCAGACAUUUACUGAUUAUGUCCCCUAGAAGAAGAGUUUCUGAGUGAGUCCCCCUAGUGGAAAGUAUGAUAAUUGCAAUGUGCUUGGCAAGUAACCUGCAGCCCGAUAACCUGCUAUGUAUGCCCCAGGUAAAAUGUCACUCAUGAGGAAUUAUCGCUGUGUAAAAGAAAAAAGCUACAAACUGCCUGGUUUCAACUGUUGGGAGGAUCUUUGAUCUAGAACAACACAUGUAACAAGGUGAAGGAGAAGAGAGUGUGUGUUUACAUUCUGUUUACAAUGUUUGUUUAUUGCAUAUCAUACAAUUAAGUAAUGUGUAAUGUGUUUUCACCUUUGGAAUAUAAUAUUACACUGUUACCUGUAUAGAUAGCUGAUAACAAUGGUCAAGUAGUAAUUUUUAUGAGAAUUAAGUGAUUGUUUUUGUGCCUUUUUAUUGUAAAAUGCAUGGUAACCAUUACAGUAUGGAGGUCACGGAAAUGUGUAUUUUUGUAUUCUGCAGAAAUUAAUUGUUAAACUUUGUACAUUUUGCGCUGCCUUGUAAAGGCUGCCAGUUGAUAUCUUCCUACAUCAAUAAAACGGAAUGCAAUCAUAA